UCAACAUUCUGCAUCACUUUAGAUGCGAAUCUAAAAGGAUGUAACGUCCGCCUGCUGUCUUUUCAGCCCGAGUCUUCAUCAAAAUGCAGAAAGGAUUACGGCUAAAUGAUGGUCAUGUCACCUAUCUGGGGCUUUUGGCAAAGAAGGAUGGUACAAGGCGAGGUUCCUUGAGCAAGAAGAGCUCAGACAACACGAAAUGGCACACCAAGUGGUUUGCGUUGCUGCAGAAUAUGCUGUUUUAUUUCGAGAACGAGUCGAGCUCUCGCCCGUCGGGAUUGUACCUGUUGGAGGGAUGCGUGUGUGACAGAGCGCCUUCACCGAAGCCCUCUCUGUCAGCCAAGGAUUGUUUAGAAAAACAGUACUAUCUUACGGUCAACUUCACCCAUGAGAACCAGAAGGCGCUGGAGCUACGGACGGAGGACGUGAAGGACUGUGAUGAAUGGGUGGCCUCCAUAUCACACGCCAGUUUCAGAAACCUGGCCACUGAACAUGAGACUCUAAUGCAGAAGUACCUUCAUCUACUUCAGAUUGUGGAGACAGAGAAAACCGUUGCCAAGCAACUUCGACAACAGAUUGAAGAUGGGGAAAUAGAAAUUGAAAGGCUUAAGUCUGAGAUCUCCGGUCUGCUGAAGGACAACGAGAAGACCCAGUCCAGCCCCCCGGCAGCGCCCAGCGACGACGACGACGAUGCCGAGCUCAAGAAGAUCAAAAAGGUGCAGAGUUUCCUGCGAGGCUGGAUCUGUCGCAGGAAGUGGAAGACGAUCAUCCAGGACUACAUCCGCUCGCCGCACGCCGAGAGCAUGAGGAAGAGGAACCAGGUGGUGUUCAGCAUGCUGGACUCUGAGGCAGAGUACGUCCAGCAGCUUCACAUCCUGGUCAACAACUUCCUGCGGCCGCUGCGCAUGGCCGCCAGCUCCAAGAAGCCCCCCAUCACCCACGACGACGUCAGCAGCAUCUUCCUCAACAGUGAGACUAUCAUGUUUUUACAUCAGAUAUUUUAUCAGGGUCUGAAAGCAAGAAUAGCCAGCUGGCCAACGUUAGUUUUGGCGGACCUGUUUGACAUCCUGCUGCCCAUGCUGAACAUCUACCAGGAGUUUGUGAGGAACCACCAGUACAGCCUGCAGAUCCUGGCCCACUGCAAGCAGAACCGGGACUUUGACAAGCUGCUGAAGCAGUACGAGGCCAAGCCCGACUGUGAAGAGCGCACCCUGGAGACCUUCCUCACCUACCCCAUGUUCCAGAUCCCCCGCUACAUCCUGACGCUCCACGAGCUCCUCGCCCACACGCCCCACGAACACAUUGAGAGGACCAGCCUGGACUACGCCAAGUCCAAGCUUGAGGAGCUCUCAAGGAUCAUGCACGAUGAGGUCAGCGAGACGGAGAACAUCCGGAAGAACCUGGCCAUCGAGCGCAUGAUCAUCGAGGGCUGCGAGAUCCUCCUGGACACCAGCCAGACGUUCGUCAGACAAGGCUCUCUGAUCCAGGUGCCCAUGAGUGAGAAGGGUAAGAUCACGCGAGGCCGGCUGGGGUCGCUGUCCCUGAAGAAGGAGGGCGAGCGCCAGGUCUUCCUCUUCUCCAAGCAUCUCAUCAUCUGCACCAGGGGCUCCGGGGGCAAACUGCACCUCAGCAAGAACGGAGUGGUGUCCCUGAUAGACUGCACUCUGCUGGAGGACCCAGAAGGGACAGAUGACGAGCACAAGAGCGGCCAGGACUUGGAGCACCUGGACUUCAAGAUCGUGGUGGAGCCCAAAGACCUGCAGUCCUUCACCGUCAUCCUGGUGGCCUCCUCCCGGCAGGAGAAGUCUGCAUGGACCAGCGACAUCAGCCAGUGCAUAGACAAUAUCCGCUGCAAUGGGCUGAUGAUGAAUGCCUUUGAAGAUAACUCUAAGGUCACCGUGCCACAGAUGAUCAACACAUGCUGGGUGUCCCCCCCCCCCCCCCCCCUCCCGGGCAGGUCGGACACCAGCCUGUACUGCGACGACGUGGACAUCCGCUUCAGCAAGAUGAUGAACUCCUGCAAGGUGCUGCAGAUCCGCUACGCCAGCGUUGAGCGUCUGCUGGAGCGUCUCACCGACCUGCGCUUCCUCUCCAUCGACUUCCUCAACACCUUCCUGCACUCCUACCGCGUGUUCACCGGCGCCGACGUGGUGCUGGACAAGCUCAUCACCAUCUACAAGAAGCCCAUCAGCGCCAUCCCCGCUCGGUGGGUGAGGUCCCUGGAGCUGUUCUUCGCCAGCAGUCAGAACAACAAGCUGCUGUACGGAGAGCCCCCCAAGUCCCCCCGAGCCAGCCGCAAGUUCUCCUCGCCGCCGCCGCUGGCCAUGACCAAGAGCUCCUCCUCCCCCAACCGCCGGCGCAAGCUGUCCCUCAACAUCCCCAUCAUCACGGGGGGCAAGGCGCUGGACCUGGCCGCCCUGAGCUGCAGCCCCUCCAACGGCUACGCCAGCAUGUACUCCACCAUGUCGCCCUUCAGCAAGACCUCCCUGGACAUCAACAAGCUCUACGUGUCCGGCGGGGGCUCCGGCAAGACCCCCGACGAGGGCGCCGACGGCAAGGCGGAAAAGGCAGAGGACGCCCCGACAGCGUUGAUAUGGAGUUCACUGAUUGGGUCUGACCACGCAGAUCUGUCCGUACGGGAGGAGACUGACACGGAGCAGCACCAGAGUGACGAGGGCGAGCCGGAGACGUCCCCCGUCAAGUCGCCCACCACCCCCAAGAACGUCCGGGGAAAGAACUCCUCAGAGUUCUCUCUGUUCUCGUACAACAACGGCACGGUCAUGUCCUCGUGCCGGGAGCUGGACAGCAACCGCAGCGCCCUGUCCGCGGCCUCCGCCUUCGCCAUCGCCACGGCGGGGGCUAACGAGGGCACACCCACCAAGGAGAAGUACCGCCGCAUGUCCAUCGCCAGCACAGGCUUCCCGACAGACCAACGUAACGGUGACAAGGAGUUUGUGAUCAGAAGAGCCGCCACAAACAGAGUGCUGAAUGUCCUGAGGCACUGGGUGUCCAAGCAUUGUCCGGACUUUGAGAACAACAAUGAAUUAAAGUGUAAGGUCAUUACAUUCCUAGAGGAAGUGAUCCACGACCCAGAGCUGUUGACCCAGGAAAGAAAAGCUGCUGCGAACAUCAUCAGAACUCUGUCCCAGGAAGAACCAGGCGAUAAUCAGAUCAGCCUGGAAGAGGUGAUACGGCUGGCAGAAGGAGGAAAGGCCGAGCCCUUUGAGAACCUCUCAGCCCUGGAGAUAGCAGAGCAGCUCACACUACUGGACCACCUGGUCUUCAAGGUCAUCCCCUACGAAGAAUUCUUCGGACAGGGAUGGAUGAAGAACGACAAAAAUGAGAAGACGCCAUACAUCAUGAAAACGACAAAGCACUUCAAUGAUACAAGCAACCUGAUCGCCACGGAGAUCCUGCUCUGCGAGGACGUGGUGACGCGGGUCGCAGUGAUAGAGAAGUGGGUGGCGGUGGCCGACAUCUGCCGCUGUCUGCACAACUACAACGCAGUCCUGGAGAUCACUUCCUCCCUGAACCGCAGCUCUGUCUUCAGGCUCAAGAAGACCUGGCUCAAGGUCUCCAAGCAGACAAAGGCUGUGAUUGACAAGCUCCAGAAGCUGGUUUCGUCCGAGGGGAGGUUCAAAAACCUGCGGGAGGCUUUGAAAAACUGCGACCCCCCCUGUGUGCCGUACCUGGGGAUGUACCUCACGGACCUGGCCUUCAUCGAAGAGGGCACGCCCAACUACACAGAGGACAGCCUGGUCAACUUCUCCAAGAUGAGAAUGAUUUCCCACAUCAUCAGAGAAAUCCGACAGUUUCAGCAAACGGCAUACAAGAUCGAUCAUCAACCAAAGGCAACAGAGUAUUUGCUGGACAAGAGCACUGUGCUGGAUGAAGAGAGUAUGUAUGAAGCCUCACUCAGAAUCGAGCCCAAAGUGUCCAACUGAUUACAUUAUUUUCCUUGUUAAUAAAGUUAACAUCAACACAUGUAAACACUAACUUUUGUAAAGAUGUAUAUGUCUAAAAAUCUAAAUAUUUGCUCCUCGGUAUAAAAAAAUAUGUUUGGAAUUGUUUUGACUCAUUAACAAACGGUAUGUUUUGUACGUUGAGUUUGUUUGUUCGGAGGCAUAAUAACAGAGGUCACUCCCUUUGUACAGCCUAGUGACCAAUGACAUUAUUCUGCAUUGUUUCAUACCUUGUCAAAUUUGCACUCUGAAUACUUAUGCUAACUGAAUUCUGUGUUUGUGAGUGGUUGUUAUCUAUGCUUGAUGUUUAACGAUGAUUCAGUAACUCUGCAACUAAUGUAGCAUUAUAAAAUAUAACUGUAUAAAAUCAGGUAAAGCAGCACAGAGAAUUUCACAAUGGGAGUUGGCGACAAUAUAUUUCAAGCAUAGUUAUUCUUACUAUUCCAAAACCAAAAUAAAGGGGUAUUUAUAUCAGUACAUGAAAACCCACUAUUAUUUUUUUAUCAUACAGUUAUACCUGGUGUCAGAUUAAAUUAACUCCUCUCCAUCUAGAUUAAUUUAUGAAUAAUAAUCUGACAUAACCCUCGAUAGGGUCUGUACUUCAAAUAGGCAAUAAUAACAAAGGCUCUUAUUUGUGUUUAUGGUUUGUAAAGGGAACAAGCAGACUCUACUGCUAUACACACAACAUGUUAGCAUGAUAUUAUAUAUGUAUAAUGUUUUUAAAGCAGAAACCCUCAACCUUCAACCUCAUCCCAUCGGGUUAAGAUGUUAAGUGUUGUUGUGAAAUGUUUACAAUGAUAUUAAGUCACUCACAUUUACUCUGACAGAGCAAUAUUUAACUCACGAUUAUCCUCCCAUCUCCCCUCCCCCUAUAUGUUACUGCCACACGUCCUCUGUCAUUUACUUCUAUUUUAAAAGGGCCAUCCAAGGUGUUUUCAUCCUCCUUAUGAACAUAUCUUAUCAUUUGAAAAAUAAACUCACAGCUAAUGAACAAACCCUCGUCCAAGAGAGAAAGAUAGAAAGAAAGAAAGAAAGAAAGAAAGAAAGAAAGAAAGAAAGAAAGAAAGAAAGAAAGAAAGAAAGAAAGAAAGAAAGAAAGAAAGAAAGAAAGAAAGAAAGAAAGAAAGAAAGAAAGAAAGAAAGAAAGAAAGAAAGAAAGAAAGGAGGAAAGAAAGAAUGAAAUGAAAGUAGUCCAAUGGCAAUACAUCAGGUUUGGUGGUUUAGAGAAAAAGGUUGUUGCUCUUUUAUAAUAAAGACAAUCUGUUU